AAUGUUACCACCUCAGACGGCCUCAAGUCAAGCCGCUGAGUUUCCGGGAAAAUAAGAGCCGAUGGCUUGGUUCUGAAAGACUGAACUUACAAUAUUAGACUCUCUUUUCAGAAGGACUAUAGGACUUUUCACCCGUCUGCCUCUUUGCAAGAUGGCCCCGACUAAUGUCAUAAAGUUCUCUUCCGAAGCGGGAUGCAGCUGUCCAUUGGAGUCCGAGCUGCGAGCAGUGCUGCAGCAAAGGGUCAUGGUCUUGGACGGUGGUAUGGGAACCAUGAUCCAGCAGCAUAAACUUGAAGAGGAACAUUUCAGGGGAGAGGAGUUUAAAGAGCACCCUCUUUCUCUGAGGGGCAAUAACGACCUUCUCAGUCUCACGCAGCCAGAAAUCAUUUACACGAUACACAAGGACUACCUGCUGGCUGGUGCUGACAUCAUCGAGACCAACACAUUCAGUAGCACCUCUGUGGCGCAAGCAGACUACGGACUGGAACUCUUGGCUUAUCGUCUCAACAGAGCGUCCGCAGAGCUGGCGAGGAGGGCCGCUGAUGAUGUCACCAAACAAACAGGUUCUAAGCGCUAUGUGGCGGGGGCUGUGGGGCCCACAAAUAGGACCCUGUCUGUUUCGCCGUCUGUGGACAGACCGGACUUCAGGAACAUCACGUUUGAUGAGCUGGUGAAAGCCUACACGGAGCAGGUCAGAGGUUUGUUGGACGGGGGAGCAGACAUCAUUCUGGUGGAAACCAUCUUUGAUACAGCCAACGCCAAGGCUGCCUUGUUUGCCAUCGACCUGCUGUUUGAAAAGAGCUAUGAAAGGAAACCUAUAUUUAUCUCAGGGACCAUCGUUGACCGCAGUGGCCGAACUCUUUCCGGUCAGACAGGAGAAGCUUUUGUAGUGAGUGUGUCCCACGUUAACCCUCUAUGCAUCGGUCUGAACUGUGCCUUGGGGGCCACAGAGAUGAGGCCAUUUAUUGAAGCCAUCGGGAAAAGCACCUCAGCUUUUAUCAUCUGUUAUCCCAACGCAGGUCUUCCCAACACAUUUGGAGAUUAUGAUGAAACCCCAGAAGUAACAUCCUCCAAUUUGAAGGAGUUUGCUAUGGAUGGACUGGUGAAUAUUGUGGGAGGCUGCUGUGGGACCACACCAGGACACAUCAGGGCCAUAUCAGAAGCAGUCAAACACUGUCCGCCCAGAGUCCCUGCUGCUGAUAUCUAUCAGGACUACAUGCUGCUGUCAGGUUUGGAGCCGUUCAGGAUCGGCCCUUACACAAACUUUGUUAACAUCGGUGAGCGCUGCAAUGUGGCGGGGUCCCGCAAGUUUGCAAAGCUGAUCAUGUCAGGAAACUACGAGGAGGCUCUCAGCAUUGCUAAAGCACAGGUGGAGAUGGGGGCCCAGGUCCUGGAUAUAAACAUGGACGAGGGGAUGCUGGAGGGCCAGACAGCUAUGACCCGGUUCUGUAACUUGAUAGGUUCUGAGCCAGACAUCGCACGGGUUCCUCUGUGCAUCGACUCCUCUAACUUCUCGGUGAUCGAGGCCGGGCUGAAAUGCUGUCAGGGGAAGUGCAUAGUGAACAGCAUCAGCCUGAAGGAGGGAGAGGAGGAGUUCUUACACAGAGCUGCCACUGUGAAGCGCUACGGAGCUGCUGUGGUCGUCAUGGCCUUUGACGAGGAGGGACAGGCCACAGACGCAGAGCGGAAGGUGGAGAUCUGCACUCGGGCCUACAAUCUGCUGGUCAGCAAAGUGGGAUUCAACCCCAACGACAUCAUCUUUGACCCCAACAUUCUUACUAUCGGCACAGGCAUGGAGGAACACAACGACUACGCCAUCUACUUCAUCAGAGCCACCAAAAUGAUCAAGGAGACAUUACCAAGAGCCAGGGUGAGUGGAGGUCUGUCCAACCUAUCUUUCUCCUUCAGAGGGAUGGAGGCCAUCAGAGAAGCCAUGCACGGAGCGUUUCUCUACCAGGCUAUCAAGGACGGUAUGGAUAUGGGCAUAGUGAAUGCUGGGAACUUGCCGGUGUAUGAUGACAUAGAUAAAGAGCUGCUGUUACUGUGUGAGAACCUCAUCUGGAACAAAGAUGCUGAGGCUACGGAGAAACUGCUGACCUACGCUCAGAACAACGUGAAAGGAGCCAAGAAGGUUUUUCAGACGGAUGAAUGGAGGGAAGGAAGUGCGGAGGAGAGGCUGGAGUAUGCCCUCAUCAAGGGAAUAGACAAGCAUGUGGUGGAGGAUGUGGAGGAGUGUCGGCUUCAGGUGGACCGCUACACCCGACCCCUGCACAUAAUCGAAGGGCCCCUGAUGAACGGCAUGAAGGUGGUGGGGGAUCUGUUUGGAGCUGGGAAGAUGUUCCUUCCACAGGUGAUCAAGUCUGCCCGGGUCAUGAAGAGGGCGGUGGGCCAUCUGAUUCCCUUCAUGGAGAAGGAGAGGGAGGAGAUGAUGGCUCUGUCAGGCUCAACGGAGGAAGUGGAUCCCUAUCAGGGCACCAUAGUUCUGGCCACGGUGAAGGGAGACGUCCAUGAUAUUGGAAAGAACAUCGUGGGUGUGGUGCUGGGUUGCAACAACUUCAGAGUGAUCGACAUGGGUGUGAUGGUCCCCUGUGAUCAGAUCCUCAGAGAGGCCGUCAAACAGAAAGCAGAUAUCAUCGGUCUGUCUGGUCUCAUCACCCCGUCCCUGGAUGAGAUGAUCUAUGUAGCCAAAGAGAUGGAGAGACUGGGGAUGACCACACCCCUGCUGAUUGGAGGAGCCACCACAUCAAAGACACACACUGCAGUAAAGAUCGCCCCUCGAUACACUUCCCCUGCUGUCCACGUUCUAGACGCAUCCCGGAGCGUGGUGGUGUGCUCCCAGCUCCUGGACGAGGCCAUGAGGGAGGAGUACUUUGAGGAGCUGAAGGAGGAGUACGAGGAUAUCAGACAGGAGCACUACGACUCCCUGAAGGACCGUCGGUACCUGUCUCUCUCCCAGGCCAGAGACAAGGCUCUACACAUAGACUGGCUCUCUGCACCCACACCAGUGCGUCCUCAGUUCCUGGGCACGCGUGUGCUGGACCGCUACGACCUGAACAGUCUGGAGGAGUUCAUCGACUGGAAGCCUUUCUUUGAUGUGUGGCAGCUGAGAGGGAAAUACCCCAACAGAGGUUACCCCAAGAUCUUCAACGACAAAACCGUUGGUUCUGAAGCGCGGCGAGUCUUCGAUGAUGCCCAGCGACUGCUCCACCAGAUGAUUCAUAGUGGCAGUCUGGAGGGGCGGGGCCUGGUGGGGUUCUGGCCCGCCCAGAGUGACGGUGAUGACAUCAGAGUGUACAGAGAGGAUGCCGCGGCACACAGAGAUGCCGAGCCCAUCGCCAAGUUCUACGGCUUACGGCAGCAGUUGGAGAAGGACGGCUCCAGCUCCCAGCCCUACCUGUGUGUGUCGGACUUUGUUGCCCCCCUGGACAGUGGUGUGUCGGACUACAUCGGUGUGUUUGCUGUGGGGGUGUUUGGAGCCGAGGAACUGAGUCAGCACUUCCAGGCUAAGGGAGAUGACUACAGCAGCAUCAUGGUCAAAGCCCUGACUGACCGGCUGGCUGAGGCCUUCGCUGAGGAGCUCCACGCUCGUGUGCGUAAGGAGCUGUGGGGCUACAGCACUGACGAGGCUCUGCAGGCAUCAGACCUCCACAGAAUUCGGUAUCAGGGCAUCAGACCUGCAGCUGGAUACCCCAGCCAGCCUGACCACACAGAGAAGAGCACCAUGUGGAGCCUGGCCGGGAUCCAGGAGAAGACUGGUAUUUGUCUGACAGAGUCCCUGGCCAUGCUGCCGGCGGCCUCCGUGUCUGGUCUUUACUUCUCCAACCCUCAGGCGACAUACUUUGCUGUGGGGAAGAUCUCCAAGGAGCAGGUGGAGGACUACGCCAGGAGGAAAGAGAUGAGUGUGGAGGAGGUGGAGAGAUGGCUGGCUCCAGUCCUGGGUUAUGACAGUGAGGCAUAGAUUGUGAGCACUGCAGUAAACUGGACCACAGAGGGAUCAGAGCAGGCUGCAACCAACACACUAACACAGGGUCCAACUUCUCACUGUGGCUCUCACACGGAUUCACUGACAUCAGCAGUAUAUCUUUUAUGUUUAAAAGGGUUUUACAUGUUAUCAUGUAAGCUCACAUGAUCCUCACUUUUAUUAUGCCGCUUUUAGCAACUAUUCAUGGUCUGUGUUAUCAAAAACAUAAUAACUUUAUUUUUCCAUGAACUGUUAUACAACCCUUUUCUUUUUAAUCUAUUGACUAAAAUAGGUCAAUACAUCAAUGUUUAUGGUUAUUUUAAUAAGGAAGGAAAAGUAAAUAAUUUCCUUUCUUUCUGUCUAUGUGUUUGGUACAGAGCCUGUGUCCGGCUGUAGUUAGCCUAGCUUAGCAUAAAGAACAGCAGUCUUUAGACUAAGCUCAGCCUUUCUAUGUCUUUCUCUCCCACUCUUUAAAAGAAAGUAAACAUGUUUACCAAAAUGUUGAACUACUUAACAAUUUCUAAUGAAACAAUAAAUGUUAUCAGGAAAAGGUUUAUUAGAAUUUGGAAAUAUCUGAUCAAUGAGUCAGUAAAACAGACUCAGAAUAUGUUCUUUAGUUUAAGUGGCAAAGGUCAAUAUGUGUUUCUUAUUACAGGUGCAAGCUUGGAGGUACUGAACCAAAUCCAACAUGCAUUAAAACAAAUGAACCACACUUCAAACCCUGAGCAUCUGUGGAUAAAACGUCUUUACACCUUUUUUAGGUUUGUAUAUGGAACGGAAAUUGUAGAUUUUUACAAACAGAUAUAUCUAUUUAUUUCAGUUCAUUUCUAAAAAAUUGUAAUCUUUAUUUUAUUGUUCUUUCGGAGUUGUUUUACCAUCAUGCAUGGAGGAUCUUAUUAGAUACACAUGUUUUGUGCUUUUUUGUGUAUUACGUAAGUGCCAAAGUGGUCAAGUUUAUAUGAAAUGGUGCAUUUUAAAAAUAAAAGAUUCUUGAUAAAGUUAAAGAAAAACUUAAUAGUACAAAAGAGGAGCCUGCUGAAAAGGGUGUCUUGAAAUAAAUAACUUUAAGUCGAAGGCUCAAAAAUAAGUUAGUGUUUUAUUAAGAUAAAGUCUAAUUUGGUUAAUUUACGAAUGAUUUUUUAUUUAGUUAAUUACUCAGUUCUGUUGGUAAUUGUAUCAACAGCAAUUAUUGCACUACAUUUCAGCCUCCAGACAUCAGAACUUAAAACAAACAAUGAUUUCAAACUUUUAUCAUAUGCCUAUUUGAUGCAAUAUCCUGUGUAAUCUGAUUAGUUAAUAACUGCUGAUUGUCAAUUCAUAAUGUCAUUUCUGAGGGAUUGUUAAAGCCUUGUCCAGGGUGUAUUAAUGCCUAUCUUCCAAGUGUUACUGUGGUGGAACAUGUAUAUACUACACAAAGAUCUGUAGGACACAUUUUUAUUAAGCAGCAUGCAUAUUCAUCUAUUUUGGAAGUAUUAAAUAACACAUUUUAUCUACACAGUGCUGUGAACAAAUCAGUAGUGACAACUAAGUAGUACAAAUAAAGUAUUGUAAAUGAUUAUUCAAUGCCAGAAAAACCACUGUACCAGCAUGUAGGGCUUGAACAAACUUGAAUGUACAUUUUUCGAGUAAACGAAAAAACAGUUGCUGCAGGUUCAUGGCUGUGAAACAAAAUAAUUGUUUACAAUUGAAGAUAUAUUUUUGUGUUUUCAUCAAAUGUAAAAGCAUGAUGUUAAAAUAAAAAAUAUAUGCUUGUUGUUAAGACUAAAGUCUCAUCUUGAAAUGAUUAGAUAAUUAGAUUAUAUAGAUAAUCUGUAAUUACAGCGAAGGGUUGACCUGGAAUGGGAUUUCCCUUAGCUGUUUUUAUCAAAUGUAAUUCAAUCCCAGUUUUGCCUAUAACAAAUACAGCAUUUCACACAUUGAGCUAUAGUUAGUUCUCUCACAAUGUCCACAUACUGUUGACAUUUUACCAGGUAUUAUCAGCGUUAUACUGUUUGUGGACUAUACAACAUUCAAUAUAUACUCAUUCCAUGAUCCUAAACAAUCUCUACAUGUACCAAAAUGUUGGGUUUAAUUUGAAUUUAGGUUUCUAUUAGAUGCUGGCGCAGUGCAUAUCACAUGUGUCUUAAAAGCCCUGAUGUGCUGCAGUGGCUGAUCCUAGUUUGUAUUAAACUAGUUCUUAAUGAGUUUUAUUUUCUUAUAAAAACAUGGUGGUGGAAUUGCAAACACUGUAAACCAGGAGCAAUAGAACGGUGUGUUCUGUUGAGAAUAAAUCACUGCAACAUUG